CUCAGAGGCCAAUGGACGCCUGGUACAUGACCGGCAUCGACUAAUCAGGGCCAGGCUCGAUGAGGCUUUGUCUCCCGACCGCGCGCGGGGCCGAUUCUCCCGCCUCCCAGCCCCGGCGCACGCGCGCCCCGCCCAGCCUGCCUUCCCUCCGCGCCCUCCCCUCUCCUUUCUCCCUCUCAGAACCUUCCUGCUGCCGCGUUUGCACCUCGCUGCUCCAGCCUCUGGGGCGCAUUCCAACCUUUCAGCCUGCGACCUGCAGAGAAAAACAAUUACUUAUUUUCUUGCCCCGUACAUACCUUGAGGCGAGCAAAAAAAUUAAAUUUUAACCAUGAGGGAAAUCGUGCACAUCCAGGCUGGUCAGUGUGGCAACCAGAUCGGUGCCAAGUUCUGGGAGGUGAUCAGUGAUGAACAUGGCAUCGACCCCACCGGCACCUACCACGGGGACAGCGACCUGCAGCUGGACCGCAUCUCUGUGUACUACAAUGAAGCCACAGGUGGCAAAUAUGUUCCUCGUGCCAUCCUGGUGGAUCUAGAACCUGGGACCAUGGACUCUGUUCGCUCAGGUCCUUUUGGCCAGAUCUUUAGACCAGACAACUUUGUAUUUGGUCAGUCUGGGGCAGGUAACAACUGGGCCAAAGGCCACUACACAGAGGGCGCCGAGCUGGUUGAUUCUGUCCUGGAUGUGGUACGGAAGGAGGCAGAGAGCUGUGACUGCCUGCAGGGCUUCCAGCUGACCCACUCACUGGGCGGGGGCACAGGCUCUGGAAUGGGCACUCUCCUUAUCAGCAAGAUCCGAGAAGAAUACCCUGAUCGCAUCAUGAAUACCUUCAGUGUGGUGCCUUCACCCAAAGUGUCUGACACCGUCGUCGAGCCCUACAAUGCCACCCUCUCCGUCCAUCAGUUGGUAGAGAACACUGAUGAGACCUAUUGCAUUGACAACGAGGCCCUCUAUGAUAUCUGCUUCCGCACUCUGAAGCUGACCACACCAACCUACGGGGAUCUGAACCACCUCGUCUCAGCCACCAUGAGCGGUGUCACCACCUGCCUCCGUUUCCCUGGCCAGCUCAACGCUGACCUCCGCAAGUUGGCAGUCAACAUGGUCCCCUUCCCACGUCUCCAUUUCUUUAUGCCUGGCUUUGCCCCUCUCACCAGCCGUGGAAGCCAGCAGUAUCGAGCUCUCACAGUGCCGGAACUCACCCAGCAGGUCUUCGACGCCAAGAACAUGAUGGCUGCCUGUGACCCCCGCCACGGCCGAUACCUCACCGUGGCUGCUGUCUUCCGUGGUCGGAUGUCCAUGAAGGAGGUCGAUGAGCAGAUGCUUAACGUGCAGAACAAGAACAGCAGCUACUUUGUGGAAUGGAUCCCCAACAAUGUCAAGACAGCCGUCUGUGACAUCCCACCUCGUGGCCUCAAGAUGGCAGUCACCUUCAUUGGCAAUAGCACAGCCAUCCAGGAGCUCUUCAAGCGCAUCUCGGAGCAGUUCACUGCCAUGUUCCGCCGAAAGGCCUUCCUCCACUGGUACACAGGCGAGGGCAUGGACGAGAUGGAGUUCACCGAAGCUGAGAGCAACAUGAACGACCUCGUCUCUGAGUAUCAGCAGUACCAGGAUGCCACCGCAGAAGAGGAGGAGGAUUUCGGUGAGGAGGCCGAAGAGGAGGCCUAAGGCAGAGCCCCCAUCACCUUAGGCUUCUCAGUUCCCUUAGCCAUCUUACUCAACUGCCCCUUUCCUCUCCCUCAGAAUUUGUGUUUGCUGCCUCUAUCUUGUUUUUUGUUUUUUCUUCUGGGGGGGUCUAGAACAGUGCCUGGCACAUAGUAGGCGCUCAAUAAAUACUUGUUUGUUGAA